CAGUUUCGUGUGCGACAAAGCCGUUUGUAAUUUCUGACUUUCAACUUUCAACUUUCUCUUUUCCACCCCACAAAUAUUUGAUUUAUUACUUUUUUUGUACUUUAUAUUGCACCAUACACCCAGACACAGACUCAGGCACUCACACACGCAUUUCCUUUUUUUAAUUGAAAGUCUUGGGCAAUGUCGUUCAAUGACCUCGAGCGCGGCACGUAUGCGGCAGUCGUCAGCCAGCAGUCGUCAUCCACAGCAAACAACAAUCUCUCAGGCUCCCAAUCCGACGAAGAGCGCACGUACAAGCGGACAGUGCAAGAGCUCUCGCGCAAAGUAUUCCAAGUCAACGCCAACGUGGCCAACAUACGACGUCUAGUCGGACAACUCGGCUCAAAGCAAGACAGCAGCCGGCUGCGCCAAGACAUUCACAGCAAAAUGGAAGCCACGCGCGAUCUCGUCAAAACAACCAGCUCUGAGCUCAAGAGCUUGUCCGAGUACCAGAACAGCAACCCUUCGCGUCGGCGGGACCGCAGGCUUGAACAGCAGAAACUGACUGGUGAUUUUCAAAAGGUGCUCGAGCAGUUCCAGAGCAUCCAACGGGUGUCCGCUGAGAUCACUCGCGAGUUUGUCGACCGCGCCAAGCACGCUGUGCAGGCGCAGAACGAGUACGGCGAUGACUACGACGAGUACACAGAGUCCAAUCCGCUGCUUGGAAACCACAAUAACAGCAACCGACAGCAACAGCAGCAACAAUUGUUGCAGCACAGGCAGGUUGAGCUGAGCGUUCUGGACAAUGACAUUGAAUUCAAUACUGCGAUCAUCAAUGAGCGCGAGGCAGAAAUCACAGAGAUCGAGCAGGGCAUUGUCGAGCUCAACGAGAUUUUCCGCGACCUGGGGACAAUUGUGACAGAGCAGCAGUCACUGCUGGAUAAUAUCGAGACAAAUGUGUACAAUGUCCAUUCCGAUGUUCAGAUUGCCUCUGAGGAGCUGCACUCUGCCAGCGAGUACCAACGUAGAUCAAACAAGACCAAGUGCUGCAUCAUGCUUUUUGUAGUUGUGUUCUUUGUCGUCAUUUUGCUCAUGAUACUGUCUUGAGGCAGAUUAAAAAAGGUAUAUAGCUCUUUUUCAAUUAUCUUUCAAAUAUUUUUAAUAACAUGAAUAUCUAUAAUUAUAUAUGGC